CUGAAAGCUGAAGGCUCUGCCUCCCAUUCUACUCUUAAGUAUCCGAGGAACCACAAGCAGACAUGCCAUCCAUCCCAGAUCUGAUCAGGAAGAAGAGAGAUGGAGGACAGUUAAGUGAUGAAGAGGUCAAAGCCUUCAUCCACGCUGUUACGGCUAAAACCAUACAGGAGUGUCAGACAGGGGCCAUGCUGAUGGCUAUUUGGCUGAUGGGGAUGGUCCCCACAGAGACUGAGACCCUGACCCGAGAGAUGAUGUUAUCGGGGGAAGUGAUGAAAUGGCCCGAGGAGUGGAAAAAGCUGGUGGUGGACAAACACUCGACUGGAGGAGUGGGAGAUAAAGUCAGUCUGGUGUUGGCGCCGGCGCUAGCUGCCUGUGGCUGUAAGGUGCCUAUGAUCAGUGGGCGGGGCUUGGCUCACACAGGAGGAACUCUGGAUAAACUGGAAUCGAUUCCAGGAUUCAACAUCGACCAGUCAACAGAGCAGAUCCUGGGGAUCCUCGGUUCAGUGGGCUGUUGCAUCGUGGGUCAGACGGAGGAGCUGGUUCCUGCAGAUCGAGUCCUGUACGCCCUGCGGGACGCCACCAGCACCGUGGACAGUUUACCGCUCAUUACUGGGUCGAUUAUCUCAAAGAAAGGAGCUGAGUCUCUGUCCGCUCUGGUGCUGGAUGUGAAGUUCGGACGAGCUGCUCUCUACAAAGACCUCACCAGUGCUACAGAGCUAGCUCAGCAGCUGGUGGGAGCAGGAAACGGUCUGGGCAUGCGCACAGCAGCCGUGCUCAGCAGCAUGGACGGCACCAUCGGUCGAUGCGUGGGAAACAGCCUGGAGGUGAUCGAAGCUCUGGAGACGCUGAAGGGGAACGGCCCCGACGACCUGAUGGAGCUGGUCACGACUCAGGGAGGCUUGCUGCUCGUGAUGACUGGCCUGGCAGCUGACCUAUCAGAAGGCAGGAAGCAGAUUUCCGGCGCCGUGGCCAACGGAGCAGCACUGUUGAAGUUCGGCGCCAUGAUGGAGGCUCAGGGUGUAGCCGCUGAGACGGCUCAGCUCUUGUGCUCCGCCCGUGCAGAUGGUUACUACAGCGUGCUGAGGAAAGCGAAGCAUCAGCUGGAACUGAGAGCUCCUGCAGACGGUGUCGUUUUGGAUGUUGACGGUUUGGUUUUAGCUCAGGUGCUUCGCGGUUUGGGGGCGGGGCGAUCGAAGGCUGGAGAGCCUGUCAAUCACAGCGUGGGGGCAGAAGUCCUGGUGUCUCUAGGUCAGAAGGUCACUAAAGGCGUCUCCUGGUUGCGGCUCCAUUACGAGGAUCCGGCGCCGACCCAGGACCAGAAAAACCAGCUGGAGAACGCCCUGACUGUGGGAACAGACGGAAACAUACCAACACAACAGAAAUGCACUUUAAUAGAAAAAAUUCUACCUGACAAAUACGCAUGUUAAUACUUAACCGUUGCUGCUGCAUUACCUCAUCGACCUGUCGGUCUCCGGUGCUGCUGCUUCCUGCUGAGAUCAUUUAAAGAAACGGUUCUCGUGUCCUUGACCGCACCGUGCUCAUCGCCACUUUGCAGACCUUUCCUGCUUUUCCGUUAACUUGCUGGCAGCCGGCAGCUCUGCCACAGUUUGAGGGAAUUUAACUCCAUCUUUUCUCCUCCUCGCGUGGGUGGUGUGAUUGAUGUAGUUCUUCAAACGUUUUGCGGGUUUGCAGACCUUUAAUUUAUUCCAUCGUUUAAAUAAAAAUCGCUUCUUGGGAAACUGAAUCUUGGUUGUGCUUUUUAUACGUUGUGGACAUCCUGUCAUCUGAUCGUUGUCGUAUCAACAAUCAAGAACACCAAUUUUCCGGC